AUGCGCGAGAUCAGCGACAAGAAGGAUCACGACGAUCAAUCUGGCCGUACGAAGACCUCCGACGGGACCGCUUCCCAAAUACUUCGUAAAACUUUGUAUUGGGUUGGGCGAUCCCUGAACUGCCGACUGGUCUCGGGCUGGCAAGAGCCUCUCAUGAUCGGCCGCUCUCUGCGCAUACUGUACAUAGCGCCGAGAAAGAUGCAUUUCCGCAUCUCCGGCCACGAGCGUCCUCGUUGUGGAGACACUACCGUUCACCGGCCGCCGGAUGCAUGCACCGGACCAUCAUUAUCUGCUCCGUCCGAGUACGAGAAUGUGUAA